GAAGGCAGCCAUGGGGCUGGACUGUGGAGACCAGGUCUGAGUGGACAGCAGGACCCUACUCUGUUUUGAGGAUGUUUCUGUGAAGGCCCUCACCUACUAGAAGGUUGAGAUGAGGUGUCAGAGUCGCAUAGCCUCAGGCUCCCACAUCUACUAAGGGCAAUGUCCCCUAUCCGUAUAUCCCCCCCAUCUCAAACUUCCCACACCAGCCCUGCAUGAUCACCUAUGAUAUGUCAAUCAGGCCCUGGCUUUGGGGGUGUCAGCUUUUUAUUUAUUUAUCUAUCUAUUUAUUUAUUUAUUAUGUAUACAACAUUCUGCCUCCAUGUACGGAUGUACACCAGAGAAGGGCGCCAGAUCUCAUUACAGAUGGUUGUCAGCCACCAUGUGGUUGCUGGGAAUCGAACUCAGGACCUCUGGAAGAGCAGCCAGUGCUCUUAGCCACUGAGCCAUCUCUCCAGCCCCCCAGGGGGUGUCAGCUUUUGACCAAGGAAGGAGGAGAAGAUGGAAAAAGCUGAGGUGCUGAGGAGCUGACUCUCUGAGAGCUGGCGUACUCGGGCACAGCAAGUGAAGCAAGGCUGGAGGAACUGCCUGGGAGGGGUGUCUUAGUCACCGUCCUGUUUCUGUGAAGAGACACCAUGAACACUGGCAACUCUUGUAAAAGAAAGCACUUCACUGGGGGCUUGCUUACAGUUUCAGAGGUCAAUCCAUUGUCAUCACGCUGAGGAGUGUGGUGACACACAGGCAGACAGUGCUGGAGAAGUAGCUGAGAGUUGUAUAUAGAAAGAGACACUAGGCUUGGCACGGGCUUUUGAAACGUCAAAGGCCACCCCCAAAGAUGCACUUCCUCUAACAAGGUCACACCCACUAAUCCUAAUUCUUUCAAGUGUGCCACUCCCUGGUCACUAAGCGUGCAGAUAUGUGAGCCUAUGGGGGCCGUUUCUACUCAUAUCUCCACUGGAGAUUCGUGGCUUGGCAGGAAGCAGAGAUGGGGCUUGGGUAGCCUGAGGUACAUGGUCCUGAAGAGGGUGAAUGCCCGGGUGAAUGCCCAUUCCAUGGAAUACUUCCACACGCAUUUCCGCCUCUCCAAGCAGAUUGUCAGACCAGUUCAUCCAGCUCCCCUGGCUUAGUUCUGGGCAGUGCCUACAGUGUGCUUGGGUGGAGAGUGGGGAUUUAGGACAGAGGUUGGGUCAGCUCUGGGAGCAUGAACUUGGAAAGGGAUACACCUAGGCACACAGUAUACAUACACACCGCCUUAGCAGCCAUGGGGAAACAGUCUCAGCCGAGGAGUGGAGGACAUACAGGGCGUAAGACGUACCACCUCAGAACUGGCAAGGAUACAGAGUGGCCCACACCAACAACAGUGGGCACUUGCAAACAUCCUUAGGAGGCUUUGCCCCAUUUGCUCCACACCCCAAGUACCUUAAGUUCAGAGAUGAUGACAGUAUCCAACCACACCCAUUCCCAGGAUGUCUGGCUGUGUGACAAUACAGGGGCCUAGACCGGCCCCUAGCCCUGUUAGAGCCUCCUCAGAAUGAUCUCAAACUGCUCCAGAGCCCUCCCCCCAGAUAAGAGGGGCAGGGAGUUGGCUAAAGACCUUCCUCCUCUCUACAGUCCACAUCUACACGGGCACUGGUGGGCAGAGCCAGUCUUUUUUGCCAUUCCACGUAACUCCUGCAGCCUGAGCAGAAACCCCUCACAAGCCCAUGCUAGGAUACCUCUGUGAUUUCCCCAGCCAACCACUGGCACUUGCUCAGACACGCAUGCACGUCUAUGCCCACGCCACCACGCCUGUCUGUAGGCCCGCCUGUAGGCCCGCCCGGGGCCUGAUUCUAGGUCAGAUCUAGGCACAACUUCACGGGAAGAGUGGUAGCAGGUGCUGCUGGUGGGAACACCAUGGCUGGGGGUGUGUGGGGCCGGGGCCGAGAUGGCCCUGUGGGGUCCCUAACUCUGACAGCUCUAGCUGAAGGAAUCCGGGCUAACCAGGGGCAGCCUGUGGGACCCUCUUCUACAGGCCCUCAGGCUGAGCCCCUGGAGGUGGUACCUGAGGCUGAGACCUACAUUCAAACACUCACCCCUGCCUCUGAGGCCCAGCCUGGGAAUGAAGUGCAACCCCCCACGGUGGGCAGUGAGAACUGUUUCCCACAGGAUGUCCAGGAGCCAGGCCCUGAGAGACCCUACCAGGCCACCCAGUAUUCCUGGGAGGAAGGAGCCUUGGCAGACCUUGCCUUGUAUACAGCUGCCUGUUUGGAGGAGGCUGGUUAUGCCGGGACCCAGGCAACUGCGCUCACUCUGUCCUCAGCGCUGGAAGCCCAGGGACAACGACUGGAGGACCAGGUCCACAGGCUGGUGCGUGGGCUGCUGGCACAAGUACCUAGCCUGGCAGAGGGGAGACCCCGGCGGGCAGCCCUCCGGGUGCUGAGCGCACUGGCUCUGGAGCAUGCGCAGGAUGUGGUGUGUGCUCUGCUACCCAGUUCACUACCCCCAGACCGGGCAGCCGCUGAGCUGUGGCGAAGCCUGAGCCGGAACCAGCGCGUAAAUGGGCAGGUGCUGGUGCAACUGCUGUGGGCACUGAAGGGCGCGGCGGGUCCUGAGCCUGGGGCACUGGCAGCCACACGCGCUCUUGGGGAGAUGUUGGCAGUCUCUGGCUGCGUGGGAGCCACUCGAGGCUUCUACCCCCACCUGCUGUUAGCAUUGGUCACACAGCUGCACGAGCUGGCUCAAGGUGUUCAUUCCCCUGAGAGCCCUAAAGUUUGGGAGCCUUUUCACCGAGGGCCACCUCACAGCCAUGCCAGCUGCACAGUGGAGGCCUUGAAGGCACUGCUCACUGGGGAUGGUGGCCGAAUGGUGGUUACGUGUAUGGAGCAAGCAGGAGGCUGGAGGAGACUGGUAGGAGCCCACACGCACCUGGAGGGUGUCCUGCUGCUGGCCAGUGCCAUGGUGGCGCAUGCCGAUCACCAUCUCCGAGGCCUUUUUGCAGACUUGCUUCCUCGGCUAAGAAGCACCAACGAACCGCAUCGCCUCACAGCUAUGGCCUUCUUUACUGGGCUGUUGCAGAGCCGGCCCACUGCACGGCUCUUACGGGAGGAUGUCAUCCUGGAGCGGCUUCGAACUUGGCAGUGCGACCCAGAGCCCACCGUGCGCUGGCUAGGCCUACUUGGUCUUGGCCACCUUGCAAUGAAUCGUGGGAAGAUAAGGCACGUGAACACGCUGCUGCCGGUACUCCUUAGAGCGCUGGGAGAAGGCGACGCGCGGCUCGUGGAUGCUGCACUGGGCGCGCUGCGGAGACUGCUGCUGCAGCCGGGAGCACCCGUGAGGCUCCUCAGCUCUGAGCUGCGACCACGCCUCCCGCCGCUACUGGACGACGCUCGAGACUCCAUCCGUGCUUCAGCAGUGGGACUCCUUGGAACGCUGGUGCGGCGGGGUCAGAGAGGGCUCCGGUUGGGGCUUCGGGGACCCCUGAGGAAAUUGGUGCUGCAGAGUCUGGUACCGCUGUUGUUGCGCCUACAUGACUCCAGCCAGGAUGCUGCUGAGAGCUCAGAGUGGACAUUAGCUCGCUGUGACCAGGCCCUUCGAUGGGGCCUGCUAGAGGAGAUGGUCACUGUGGCUCACUAUGACAGCCCCGAGGCUCUAAGCCGUGUCUGCCACCGCCUGGUUCAGCGAUAUCCAAGCCAUGUCAAGCACUUCCUGAGUCAGACCCAGGGUUACCUGCGGAGCCCACAGGACCCUUUGCGCCGGGCUGCCACUGUGCUCAUAGGCUUCCUCGUCUAUCACGCUAGUCCCAGCGGAGUCAGUCAGGACCUGUUGGACUCCCUGUUCCAGGACCUAGGACAGCUGCAGGGUGACCCCGAGUCUGCGGUUUCUGCGGCAGCGCACGUGUCUGCCCAGCAGGUGGCGUUGCUUGCUCGGGCGCAGGUCCGACCACAUCGCCCCAGCCUCUUAAGCUUCAUCCGCCAGCACUCAUACCCUGCAAGGCCCCAUCCACUCUAUGACGAUAGUCCAUUCCUACGCCGGAGCCGUGCAAGCCAGUGGAACUGCCCUGAACCUCGGUGAACCGGGCCUGGUAUCCAGAUGCAUAGGCACACACUAUCCAUGUUGUUACCAAUCCCUGCUCCAGCAGAUCCGCAGAAGUCUAUUCAAGCGUCACCCUGGGCCUGGUGCUGGACACUGGUGCUCACUGCCCUGUAACUACUUUCUAUGGGCCCACUGUGUGACAACUGUGUCGCCGACGGCACGUUCCAGUUCCAUCUCAAGUCCCCUCUGUAGUCUUGGUCCAUCUAUUUAUUCUCUGCCAGGCCAGUUCUGUCAGCUCCCUGGAGUGUGCCCUCUGCUCUAACUUGGACUUGGCACCUGUCCUGGAUAGCAUCUGCUUCCCAAGCAAGGGUCUGAUGGAGGCACUGAAGUUGAUGCCCCCUUCCUAGGGUUCAGUAUGCCUAGUCGUGCCUGUCAUGGCUCUGCUAGUCAUGUCAGUAGCCUGUCACCUCCGUUUCUUCUUCCGCUCUCUAUUCCUUACAACUGACCUGGCUUAUGUCCCUUAUGUCCUUGAGGCUAUGUUGUCCAGGGGCAUUGACCUGCUCUCCCGUCCAUACGUGCUGUCCCUACUCCUUUGGAUAACCAAUCCAUUUCCUACCCACCUGGACAAUGGUGUUCUCUAGAAGGUAUUUCUAACAUCCCUUUGUGCUGGAGAGCCCAAGCCGGGAUUGCACCCGUGGGUUGAAACAUGGGAAGCAGGCACUCCGCGCCCACCAGACUGUGAAUGGGUAUGUCAUUACCCAAAGUCCUCCUGUACAGGACUCAAAUGGGUGGGAAGGCAUAGCUGGAUAGACAGGAAGAGCCAGCCAUAGUUGUGACCUCACCCCUCCAGGCGCUUGGCAUAGGCAGCUUCUUCCUCUUAGAAUGCCUACCCUGGAAUGUCCUCAGGCUGCAGGAAGGCCUCCUCACAAACACAGGAUAUGCACAGGGUGAUAAUGAGCAAGGAGCUCUUUCUCCACCCUGGAGUCCCUUUGGGACCCUCUUUACUUAGCAUCUACAUGGAAAGUGUUCAGAAUAAACUUGAAUGGCUGGCAGGGGUUGGCCAGAUGUCUUAGAAAGUGGCGGGAAGAGCUGGACCCUGCACAGGAUCCAGCUUGGCUCGAGGUGAGCAAGGCAGUAUGCAGCAAGACUCAUGGCAGGGGCCGGGGAGCUGACUCAGUGGUAAAGGGCACUUUGGAUGCUAUAGUUCCAGCCCCAGGACUACCAGCUUCUCCUGCAGAAAACCCUCCCACUGCAGGUCCAGCAGCUAGGAGCUAGAGUCUGACCUAUGCUCUCUCUCUCUUUUUUUUUUUCUUGUGUUGUUUUGUUGUUUUUGAGAUAAGGUUUCUCUGUGUUGCCCUGGCUGGCCUGGAACUUGCUAGGUAGACCAGGCUAGCCUCAAACUCAUAGAGAUCCACCUGCCGCUGCCUUUUCUAGUGCUGGGGUUAAAGGUGUACAACACUACUCUCUGUUUUUGGUGCCCUCCCUUUCCACAGGGGCCUCGUUGCAGGCCCAGUCCAUCUCCUGUUUCAGACGCUCUCCUGUGGAUCCUUUCCUUGGUGAUCUCACUGGAUCUCCCACCUGGGCUUUGGGUGUGGUUGGCAAGAUCUACCUAUGCUCUGCCCUCCAGGACCUAAGGGUCCCGGAAGCCUUGCUGUCAUGCAAGGCUUUUUAGGGUCUGGGUUGCUUCCGUACUAUUCACCCGGGCUUGCCUUCCAGGAAUUUUUCAAGGACUUCUGGGUAAGAUGGUUGGCUAUUCUGCCUAGUUUUAUGUCAACUUGACAUAAGCUAGAGUCAUUUGAAAGGAGGGAACUUCAAUUGAGAAAAUGCCUUCUCCAUCAGAUCCAGCUGAAGGGCAUUUUCUUAAUUAGCAAUUGUUGGGGAAGGGCCCGGCCCAUUGUGGGUGGGGCCUUCCCCGGGCGUGUGGUCCUGGGUUCUAUGAGAAAGCAGGCUAGACAAGCUGUGAUGAGCGAGUCAGUAAGCAGCACCCCUCCAUGGUCUCUGCAUCAGCUCCUGCCUCCAGCUUCCUGCCCUGUUUGAGUUGCUGCCAGCCCUGACUAAAGACUGUCACCUGGAAGUGUGAUCUGAAAUAAACCCUGUC